UUUCAGAAUAAAACGUGUGUCCAGACACUGGAGGGGCAUGCCCAAAAUGUGUCUUGUGCUAGUUUUCAUCCUGAGCUGCCUAUCAUCAUCACGGGUUCAGAAGAUGGGUCCAACAAUGUCGCUCUGGGCUAUGAUGAAGGGAGCAUCAUUGUUAAGCUUGGUCGGGAGGAACCUGCCAUGUCCAUGGAUGCCAAUGGAAAGAUCAUUUGGGCCAAGCAUUCAGAAGUCCAACAGGCCAACUUAAAAGCAAUGGGAGAUGCUGAAAUUAAAGAUGGAGAAAGAUUGCCACUGGCUGUGAAGGAUAUGGGCAGUUGUGAAAUAUAUCCACAGACUAUUCAGCACAACCCCAAUGGGCGGUUUGUUGUGGUGUGUGGUGAUGGGGAGUAUAUCAUCUACACAGCAAUGGCUUUGAGAAACAAGAGCUUUGGGUCUGCCCAGGAGUUUGCAUGGGCCCAUGAUUCCUCAGAGUAUGCAAUAAGAGAGAGCAACAGUGUUGUAAAGAUAUUUAAGAACUUUAAGGAAAAAAAAUCAUUUAAACCUGAUUUUGGAGCAGAAAGUAUCUAUGGAGGCUUCUUGUUGGGAGUCAGGUCUGUUAAUGGCUUAGCCUUCUAUGACUGGGACAAUACAGAACUCAUACGCAGAAUUGAAAUUCAGCCCAAGCAUGUGAGUUUCACUCUGUGGUUGCUUCUGGAAAGUUUGUCUUUGAAUGUUUGUGUCAGUCAGGCCAAGAAUAAGUUUGUCUUUUGUAUGAAGAAAAAAUUCCCAGGAAAAAAAUUUCUCUUGCAAUUUAAUUUUCCUUUGCAUCCCCUGUAUGUUAUAUUACCACCCUUUAGCUUUUUUGUUGUUCACAGGUUUCUGAUGUUGGCUAAGGUAGUCAUGGUUUUUAUUUUCUCUCUACAGGUUCUUGGUGAAAUUCAGGAAAUUGUGAAAACCGGGCUGUGGGUAGGAGAUUGCUUCAUCUACACAAGUUCUGUGAACAGAUUAAACUAUUAUGUUGGUGGAGAAAUAGUCACCAUUGCUCACUUGGACAGGACGAUGUAUCUUCUGGGCUAUAUUCCGAAAGACAACAGGCUUUAUCUGGGGGAUAAGGAGUUGAACAUUGUUAGCUACUCCCUCCUGGUUUCAGUCCUGGAGUACCAGACUGCUGUCAUGCGGAGGGACUUCAGCAUGGCUGAUAAGGUCCUUCCUACUGUCCCAAAAGAACAGAGGACCAGAGUCGCACACUUUCUGGAAAAGCAGGGUCUGAAGUAGCAGUCAGUGCUCUUAACCACUGAGCCAUCUCUCCAGCUCCUCCCCCUUAAAACUCUGUUACAGUCUGAACAGAAGUGGAAACAACUUGCUGAGCUGGCCAUUAGUAAGUGUCAGUUUGGCCUCGCCCAGGAGUGCUUACACCACGCCCAGGAUUAUGGGGGUCUGCUGCUCUUGGCCACUGCCUCUGGAAAUGCUAGUAUGGUGAACAAGCUAGCAGAGGGCGCAGAGAGAGAUGGCAAAAAUAACGUGGCAUUCAUGAGCUACUUUUUACAGGGCAAGCUUGACGCAUGCCUAGAGCUCUUGAUCAGAACAGGAAGACUGCCAGAGGCUGCCUUCCUGGCCCGAACAUACUUACCCAGCCAGGUUUCAAGGGUAGUGAGACUUUGGAGGGAGAAUCUCUCAAAAGUCAACCAGAAAGCAGCAGAA